UCAUACGGCCUUUGCGGAGCAUGGCCGCGAAGACGAGGUGGUCUAUUCAAAGGACACCACCUUUGACAAAUCGGUCAUCCCAGACGCCGCCGUAGAGCACAAUUCGUUGAACGGGAAAGGCGAUAGCAAUGGCGAUAUUGAGGAACUCGGUGAGGGCUCUGCGAAACGGCCCUGGCACCGGCGUAUGGUGAAGCAUUGGAGACAUGUGUUCCAUGCUGCGGUGUGGAUUCUCUUCACCGGGUGAGUCCAGCAUUUUUGAACAUUCCACAUGUACAUCUUCCUGGGAAUUGUCUGCCAUUGUUCUUUGGUGAUGGAGGAAUAUGAGCUCUGGAUGAGACAAUUCAACCCCAGGUCAAAUGCUUAUCUUUUUCUCUACAGCUGGUGGAUUACCGGCUUGAUCAAGCAUCGAUACGACCUCGGAUGGUUGAUCCCGUUCCUGCUCUACCUCGCCAUUACGCUGCGCAUCAUUUUCUUCUACGUUCCGAUCACGGUCGUCACGAUCCCGAUGCACUUUGUGUGGAAUCACACCUCGCGGCCCUUUGUCCGCUUGAUUCCCCAGAAGCUCAGAACGCCCGCUGCUGCAUUGUUGGUCAUUGCAGUGAUUCUCGUUGGAUCCUUUGCCUCCGAGGAGUCGGCUGAUAACACUCGGGCAAACCGUGCCGUCAGUCUGUUCGGACUAGUCGUCCUGAUUUUCGUACUAUGGCUUACUUCCAGGAACCGCAAGAAGAUCAACUGGCACACGGUCAUAGUCGGUAUGCUGACGCAGUUCAUCAUUGCGCUGUUCGUCCUGCGCACCAAAGCCGGCUAUGAUAUCUUCAACUUUAUCUCCUUGCUUGCCAGAGACUUGCUGGGUUUCGCUGAGCAGGGUGUCGCUUUCUUGACGGACGACACAACAGCUACUUUGACCUGGUUUCUGGUCAGCGUCAUUCCAGCCAUUAUCUUCUUCGUGUCGCUCGUCCAGCUGUUCUACUACGUCGGUAUCAUCCAGUGGUUUAUCGGCAAAUUCGCCACUUUCUUCUUCUGGAGCAUGCGCGUCUCCGGUGCUGAAGCCGUUGUCGCCGCUGCGUCCCCCUUCAUCGGUCAGGGUGAAUCCGCCAUGUUGAUCAAGCCGUUCAUCUCUCACCUCACCAUGGCGGAAAUCCACCAGAUUAUGUGCUGCGGUUUCGCAACCAUCUCCGGUAGUGUGCUUAUCGCCUACAUCGGUAUGGGCGUCAACUCGCAGGCGCUCGUGUCGUCCUGCGUGAUGAGCAUUCCUGCAUCACUUGCCGUCUCCAAGAUGCGCUGGCCAGAGGAAGAAGAGACCUUGACUGCCGGCCGUGUCGUCAUUCCUGACGACGACGAGCACCGCGCGGCUAACGCUCUGCACGCCUUUGCCAACGGUGCCUGGCUGGGUAUCAAGAUUGCAGGCAUGAUGUGCGCGACGUUGCUCUGUAUCAUCUCCCUCAUCGGUCUUUGCAACGGAUUGCUGACCUGGUGGGGUCAUUAUCUGGAUAUCAACGAUCCGCCAUUGACCAUCCAGCUGAUCAUUGGGUAUAUCUGUUACCCGAUCGCCUUCCUGCUUGGAGUUCCCCGUGACGGGGAUCUGCUCAAGGUCGCGCAGUUGAUCGGGCUGAAGAUCGUUUCUAAUGAAUUCGUCGCCUACAACGCCCUCCAAACCGACCCUGCCUACACCGAAAUGUCCGACCGCUCCAAACUCAUCGUCACCUACGCUCUCUGCGGCUUCGCCAACAUCGGCUCCCUGGGCAACCAGAUCGGUGUCCUGAACCAAAUUGCCCCUUCUCGCGGCGGCGACGUCUCUCGCGUUGCGGUCAGUGCCAUGUUGACCGGUGCUCUGAGCACGUUCACUAGCGCGAGUAUUGCUGGGUUGUUGAUCACCAACGAGAAGGAGUAUUUUUCUUCUUCAAAAUCAUCAUAAUCAUAGCGUUUGGAGUUGUGUCUUGGUUUUUGUGUUUGUGUUUGUGUUUGUUAUUUUUUUCGUGACCCUACUAUAGGAUAACGAACAGACGAUCACUUCUUGAUGAUCUGUCGGAGAUUUCAAGGUAUUAUGUAUGUAUGUACGAUGUAAAUUAUAACUAUCGAGGAUAAAUCAGAGAGAGAUAAUAUCAGAUUAUCUAUAAUGAUGAUCCUUCUAAGAGAAAACAUGCAGAGCUCGGAAAGACUUGCGGGUCCGCUUUCAGGGAGUCUAUAUACCCUUAGUUAGAGUAGACUCUCGAAUUGUAUGAAGACUGCAGUCUACAGGCAUCAAUGAAGACGA